CGGUGACAACGUAUCGUGUUUCUCCUGCCUGAGUCUGCCGUAUACAAGAUUCUGGCCGAACCCAGUUUGCAUACUUUCCCGGCCAAACCAUCGCCGAUUGUCAAAAGGCAAAGAUCAGCAAACUCUUGCGACAUUGACGGGGCUCUACGUCACGUCCGAACGGCCUGCCCAACAACGCGAAGAAAGUAUGUCGUCAAACCAGCUCGGCGCCGUGCAAGGCUCGCAACCUGCCGAAAAACAAGCCGUCGAGAGUUCAGAAUGGCGGUCUUCGGACGACAAAACCCCAGAGGAAGUCACCUGCUUCCUAACGGAAGAGCAUGAGGAUGUGGAUUUGGAUUUGGAUGCGGAAGCAACUGCCGAUCAACGCCUCGCGCCAAAGACGUCCCAACUAGAAAAGCGUGAACCCUUCGACCCGGUCUUGUGGUCGUCUAAGAAGAAGUGGACGCACGUCUUGGUGGUAGCGUUCAUCACCUGCGUCACACCCUUGGCUUCUGCAGUCUAUACCCCCGCGUUGGACCAGGUGAUUGGCGACUUCAAUAUCGAGGACAACCCCACGCUAGCGGACCUGACGGUCUCGGCCUACGUCCUCGGCUUCUCCGCCGGACCGCUGCUCCUCGCGCCGCUGAGCGAGACGUUUGGCAAGAAGCCCGUCUAUCAGGUCUGCAAUGUGGUCCUGCUCGCGUGCAACUUGGCCUGCAUGGUCGCGCCGUCGGCCGAGUGGCUCAUUGUCUUCCGGUUUCUGGCGGGAUGUGCCGGCGCGAGCCCGAUUACCCAGGGCACCGGGACGGCGACGGACGUCAUGACCAAGGAAAAGCGUGCGCGCGCCAUGUCGGUUAUGGCGUUUGGGAGUGUUUGCAGUCCUGCGGUUGGGUCGGCCCUCGGGGGCGCGAUUGCCCAGGCUUGGGGAUGGAGAGGUUGCUUUGGGUUUCUUGCUGUGAUGGGCUUGAUCAGCACUCUUCUGACUUAUCAGUUCAUGUGCGAGACAUAUCUCCCGGUCUUGCGGCGAAAGUACGCCGUGUUAGCCAGUCCCGAUGACCUCGAGAUGGAAAUAAGCGAUGAGAAAGCCAUGGCUCCGAAGCAGUCUCUCAGAAAGCUGCUCUUCAAGGCCGCAAUCCGCCCAUUCUCUCUCAUUUUGGAGCCGAGCAUCCUGCCGGCUAUCCUGGUAACGUCGUUCUUCUACGGCCUCCAGGUGUGGUUGUACAUUGACGUUCCGAUGACAUACAAGGCAGUGUACUCCUUCAACACCGCAGAAGCAGGCCUAGCAUUCGCGGGCAUGGGGGUUGGCAUGUUCACCGGCCUUCUCAUCUUUGGGUUCCUCACCGACGUCGUCGUGAAGAGGUUAGCACGCGACGGUGAAAGGCUGCCCGAGCACCGGCUCCCACUUCUCAACCUGGCAGCCAUUCUUGUCGUGGUCGGUCUGAUCAUCUACAACCUGGCUGCCAGGCCUGGGGUGUCCUACCUGGUGCCCCUGCUUGGAAACUAUCUUAUUGGCAGUGGAUUGUUUGCCAUCACUAUGACUUCGGCUGUGUACAUUAUCGACCUGUCACCGCAACACGCUGUUGCGUCAAGCGCGUCGCUUGCACUUUUACGAUACCCCUCUGGAGCGUUGUUCCCCCUUUUAGAGCAUGCUUUUGAAUCUUUCACCAGCAACAGUAGCGCCAAGUGGCUCAUCACGGCGGCGUCUGUCUCCACCAUCCCACCUGUGGUUUGGCUCCACAACUCCACCGUUGCUCAGGCUGAGAGCUACGAGCUUGCCGACUACAAAAACAUCUCCGCUCAGAAGGCCGCAAAGGACCUCGAAGCCCGACGAGAAGAGAAAAAACUUUGGAAGAGAAGGUGGCUCGACGAGCAGGACGAUAUGAAGUUCUCACACAGCAUCCAGUUUAAUGCUGUCCCGGAUUGGAGCAGUCAUUACAUCGCCUAUAGCAACCUAAAGAAACUUAUCUACCAACUCGAGAAGACAGUCCACCAAACCUCCUCAGGUGACGCCGAAUCAAGACCUCUUAUCCGAAACGAAGAACCCGAAGAUGUGUUUAGCCGUGCGCUCGGUGUAGAAUUGGAGAAGAUUUGCUCCUUCUACGUGUCCAAGGAAGGCGAGCUCCUCGACGAAGUCAAUCAACUCUUGGGAGAUGUUGGCAACCACUCUUCAGAGGACGACGAAAACGAUGGCGAACCCAGACGUUCAUUCGGCAGCGCCUCUCGGCCGGGACUUUCGGUCAACGGCAGGAGAACUUCCGUCUCGAUCGAUGGCAACAUGGAGGAUAGUGACGAUGAUGAGGACGAUGACGAAACCACUGGCUUGACAAAGAGUCGCUCAAGCCUUGGCGGCGGCAGACGCAAGACUGCCCCGAAUCUGGGCCACUCGGUCACUGAUAUGACUGCUUCAACCGAUCUGACGCUGGGAAGAUCGCUGCGGCGGUACAGCACGGCGAACGACGAGAUGCCGGACCAGACCUUCCUCUACUCUUCGGGCAUCAUGCUCAAGAAGCGCAUCAUCAGCCUCUACGUCUCGCUCUGCGAGCUCAAGUCGUACGUGCAACUGAACCGGACGGGUUUCAGAAAGGUCUUGAAGAAAUUCGACAAGAUUCUCGACAAGGAGCUGCGGGUCAAGUACAUGAAUGCCAACAUCGACUCCGCAUACCCAUUCAAGCCGGAAAAUAUCAAGAGUAUCGAGGAGAACAUCUCCAAGAUGGAGAAGGCGUACGCCGAGAUUGUUACUCAGGGCGACGAGGGCCUUGCCAAGCGAGACCUGAGAUCUCACCUGCGCGAGCACGUUGUGUGGGAGCGUAACACUGUCUGGCGAGACAUGAUUGGUAUGGAGCGUCGCGCAGAGGCUGCCAGCUUGGGCAGAGGGCUUCUGGGAAGGGAUGGAGCGACGGGAUCCAGGCGGUUGCAGGGCGAUGAUGAGCUUGCCCCAAUCACCAAGGAGGUGGUUACCCCCGUGGGCCGUUUCGUUGUGCCGACGUGGGUUGCCAACACGCCUCUGCUUACUCUCCUAAUCGCUGUCGUCGUCUUCCUCCUUCUCCUUUUCCUCCCCAUCAUGGAGAAGCCCGAGCAACAGAACUGCUUGGCGUUGCUUGUGUUUGUCAGCAUCCUUUGGGCUACGGAGGCUAUACCGUUGUUCGUUACGUCGCUUAUGAUACCCUUCCUCUGCGUCGUUUUGACUGUCGUUCGCUCUGAAGAAAAGCCCUACAGGAGGCUUGAUGCCAAGGCCACCACGGCUUACAUCUUCUCGGCCAUGUGGACACCCGUCAUCAUGCUUCUGCUCGGUGGAUUCACCCUGGCCGCGGCUCUCUCCAAGUGCAAGAUUGACAAGCGGCUCGCGACUUUUGUCCUUAGCAAGGCCGGAACCACUCCACGCACUGUACUCAUUGCCAACAUGCUCGUGGCGGCAUUUGCCAGCAUGUUGAUCAGCAACGUCGCUGCGCCGGUACUUUGCUUCUCCAUCAUUGAGCCGAUGUUGCGAACCCUACCCUCAGAAUCAAACAUGUCCAAGGCUGUGAUCAUGGGAAUCGCGCUCGCCUCCAACAUCGGUGGUAUGCUCUCCCCUAUUGCCUCGCCGCAGAAUGUUGUCGCUAUUGGUAUCAUGAAGCCCGCGCCUACCUGGAUCCAGUGGUUCUUCAUUGUCAUUCCUGUCGGCAUCGUCUCGCUGCUCCUCAUCUGGAUCUUGCUAUUGAUCACGUUCCAACCGAGCAAGGGAACCACCAUUGCUCCGAUCCGCCCUGUGAAGGAAAAGUUCACAGGCAUCCAAUGGUUCGUCUCCAUCGUCACGCUCAUCACUAUCGGCUUGUGGUGCGGGAGCCACCAGAUGGAGUCCAUCUUUGGUGACAUGGGUGUCAUUGCCAUCAUUCCCAUCGUCCUCUUCUUUGGUAUUGGUAUCUUGACCAAGGAGGACUUCAACAACUUCCCGUGGACCAUCAUCAUCCUGGCUGCCGGAGGUUUGUCUCUGGGCAAAGCCGUCAAGUCAUCUGGUCUUCUGCACACUGUUGCUGGCGUCGUUACCAAGGAGGUCGAGGGUAUGAGUCUCUACGUCGUCCUUGUCGUCUUCUCGGCCCUUAUUCUCGUCAUCGCCACAUUCAUCAGCCACACAGUCGCAGCUUUGAUCAUUCUGCCGUUGGUGUUUGACGUUGGCUCCAACAUGGACGAACCCCACCCGAAUCUGUUGGUCAUGGGUGGCGUUUUGAUGUGCAGUGCCGCUAUGGGUUUGCCAACAAGUGGUUUCCCCAACAUGACUGCCAUUAUGAAGGAAGACCCUACUGGUCAGAGAUACCUCCAAGUGAAACAUUUCAUCAGCAGAGGUGUGCCCAGCAGUAUUCUCACAUUGGUCGUCGUCGUGUCCUUGGGAUAUGGCCUCAUGAGGGUCGCUGGGCUGGACUAA